AUGAGUCGGAGGUCCAGCCCCGCCAAUCUGAGCUCAGUGAGCUUGCUGCUGGCGCUGCUGCUGCUGAUGACACCGAGACCCCUGGACAGCGCCAAUCCUUCGGCCACUGUGGUGAGAGAGCUACGCUGCAUGUGCUUAACCUUCACUCCCGGGACUCCCCAAUUGAUUAGUAAGAUCAGUAAGCUCCAGGUGAUUGACGCUGGCCCUCAGUGUUCCAGGGUGGAAGUGAUAGCUCGCCUGAAAAAUGGGAAGGACAUCUGCCUGAAUCCAGAAGCCCCUUUGGUCAAGAAAAUCAUCCAGAAGUUUCUGGGAAGAUAUAACACAGCCUCGCACACCAGUGCCAAACCCUUGGGUGUUCUACAAGUGUUGCUACUGCCGUCGUUGCUCCUGACUAUGCUCACUCUCUGUGCCAGCCAAGAAAGUAACCUCGGAAGAGCAGACCCUUAUCUUGAACUACGCUGCAUGUGUGUGCACACGUCCACAGUCAACCUCAGUCUCAUUAAGACAUUGAAGCUGAUCAAACCAGGAGUCUAUUGUGACAAAGCUGAGCUGAUAGUAACACUAAAAGAUGGCUCAGAAAGGUGCCUGGACCCAGAAGCUCCUAUAAUCAAGAAAAUAGUCCGGAAAAUGUUGAAAAAUAAUAGAUCAUUUGCUUGA